CAGUUGCUGACUACGUUAUCGAACAUGGAUAAACUCCGGAACUCUCCUGAUUGGUUGGACGACAAGAAUGGCGCAAAUCGAAGUACAGCUAUCAUCGAGAAAUUACCUGGUAAAUUCUUCAUUGAAGUAGUUCUCCAAAAUAAAUAGAAAGUUAAAGUGAAAAUACUUGAAACCUCUUCAACACACUUGGAAACGUAUACAGUCAAAAAUCACAACCAAGGCACCCUUAGUUGAAGUCAGCUGUAGCGCACAAAUCAUGACGAGAAGGACUAAUAUUUUGUACCAAAUAAGGUUCCAUUGAAAUAAUUAGGUACUUAUACUUGUACUAUUAUUUCUGCAUUAUGUGAACAAUUGAAUCCUAUAACUGAACUCAUUAAAACCAAACACUUUUCCAAGGGAGCUAUAUACAAAUGGUUAAUUUGAGUACUACGGUUCAGGAAGCUGCAGCACGGGAGAUCACGCGAAUUGAGCGCAUUGGGGCACACUCUCACAUUCGUGGCUUAGGCCUAAAUGAUGAUCUGGAGGCUCGGCAGGUUUCACAGGGCAUGGUUGGGCAGUGUAAAGCCAGAAGAGCAGCUGGUCUUAUCUUGGGCAUGAUUCGCGAAGGAAAAAUCGCUGGACGUGCUAUACUUCUCGCUGGUCCACCGGGAACAGGAAAGACUGCUAUUGCUAUGGGAAUGGCUCAGGCGCUUGGACACGACACACCAUUCACUGCGAUGGCUGGUAGUGAAAUAUUUUCUCUGGAGAUGAGCAAGACAGAGGCUCUGACUCAGGCAUUUCGCAAGUCGAUAGGUGUACGUAUAAAAGAAGAAGCAGAGAUAAUUGAAGGCGAGGUUGUUGAAAUUUUAAUAGAUCGCCCUGCAACUGGUACGGGUGCCAAAGUUGGCAAAUUAACUCUCAAGACAACUGAGAUGGAGACAGUUUAUGAUCUUGGUCAGAAGAUGAUCGAAUCUUUGACGAAGGAAAAGGUCCAAGCAGGUGAUAUAAUUACCAUCGACAAACCUUCUGGAAAAGUUACGAGGCUUGGACGUUCGUUUACUAGAGCUCGGGAUUAUGAUGCAACUGGUGGUCAGACAAAAUUUGUUCAGUGUCCUGAGGGCGAGUUGCAAAAACGAAAAGAAGUUGUUCACACAGUUACUUUACAUGAGAUUGAUGUUAUCAACAGCAGGACGCAGGGAUUUCUCGCACUUUUCAGUGGCGACACAGGUGAAAUAAAGUCAGAGGUCAGAGAUCAGAUUAACCACAAAGUGGCUGAAUGGAGAGAAGAAGGCAAAGCUGAAAUUGUUCCUGGUGUCCUAUUUAUUGACGAGGUACAUAUGUUGGACAUCGAAUGUUUCUCGUUCCUGAAUCGAGCUCUUGAAUCCGAUAUGGCUCCCGUUCUAAUCGUCGCCACUAAUCGAGGUAUCACUAGAAUUCGUGGAACCAACUAUCAGAGUCCACAUGGAAUACCUAUUGAUCUGCUCGACCGGUUGCUCAUAAUUUCAACUGAUCCGUACACAGACAAGGAGAUCCAAGCAAUUUUGAAAAUUCGAUGUGAAGAGGAAGACGUUAAUAUUUCAGAGGAUGCUUUAGUUGUUCUCACUCGAAUUGGCAUGCAAACAUCUUUACGUUAUGCAAUUCAGCUCAUUACUACUGCAAAUUUGGUCUGCCGUAAGCGUAAGGGUCUAGAAGUCAGUAAAGAAGAUAUACGCAAAGUAUAUUCUUUGUUUAUGGAUGAGGCCAGAUCUACUUUGUUCCUUAAGGAAUAUCAACAAGAGUUCAUGUUCAAUGAAAUAGCUGAAACACAGCCUUCGAUUUCAGGUGACAAACCAAGUGCAUAGCACGUAACUAUCUGCUUCAUUGGAGUACUACUGGUUAUUUUUAUGUGAAUAGAUUUGACUUCUGAUGUGCUAUUUUCAUCCUUACCCAUUUGUUCAUGUCCCUGAAUAACGUUUAUACGGGGUUUCAUUUAAAAUAAAUGAGUAAUAUUCG